UCUUAAAUUUAUAUUUAUAGCUUCACUUCUCAACCUCUUGUCAGGAUAGUUCUUAAGAUAAUGACUACGGUUACAAGGGCGGUUGCAGAAAAGCCAGUGGUGAUAUUCAGCAAAAGCUCUUGCUGUAUGUCCCACACCAUUAAAGCUCUAAUUUAUAGCUUCGGGAUAAACCCUACGGUUUAUGAGCUAGAUGAAUAUACUAACGGGAAGCAACUGGAACAAGAGCUGAAAGCACUAGGAUGUAAGCCAAGUGUACCAGUUGUGUUUAUUGGUCAAGAUCUAAUAGGUGGGCCGAAUGAGAUCAUGCAGCUCCAUCUUAAGAGAAAAUUAGCCACGCUACUGGGAAGGUAAUGCGGGUUUAAACUGUAAACUCUCGAGAGAAUAACAGAUGAAGCAAGUAACAGCGCCUUGUUGAAAAGUCAGAUACCUGUUGUGUUUAUCCACUAUCAAAUUAUAUGCAUCAGCUUUAUGCUAAAUAACUGAAAUAAAGAGCAGUCAGGAACUUACGUACGUGAAAAGGUUAAUGUAAAGGCAUUCACCAGCCGAUUGUCAUGCCAACUUCAAGUGUAAUCGCGAGUACAUGUAGUUUAUCCAAUCCUUAAUGAGUGAAUUUGGAUAAUUAUUUGUAAAAGAACCUAGAGAAUGCACUCAUAUAGAUUUAGUAAUCGGGAGUACGUGUAGUUUAUCAUACCAUACAAAAUAAGCAAAUUACUAA